AUGAAGCGUGGCGGCAGCGGUGAACAGGACAACGUGGCACGACUGAUAGCGAAGGGAUUCGGCAAAGCCAAGGCUACGCAAGCCCUCAAGGAUGCCGGCAACAACGUAGACGUGGCACUGCGCAUUCUGGAGCGGCAGCGUGAUCAGCAGAAGCAGCAGCCGCGAGUGUGCACGUCGACCAGCACAGCCUCUGCAGCCAUCCCAUCAUUGCACCGAACGAAGCCGCCGCCGACCUCGUCUCUCUUUGGUAGUUCUUCUCCAGCUGCUGAGGCCCUGCGUCGGCAGCGAGAGCGGCGUCACCCGUGUGUUGUGCAGUUCGGCUCAUGCCAGUUUGGGCAGUACUGCGCGCUCAGGGGCCUCCCCGGCGACAUCUGCGUGCAACACUUCCAAGGCUGCUGCGUGUACGGGAGUGCAUGCCACCACCGCCACACAAUCGACGGCGUUGAUGUUCGCGAUUAUGUGUGGGGCUCUCCGAAGGAUGAGGACUUGGCGCCAGUGCUGCGAAGCGGUGACUCGAUGUACCGCGUGCACGCCGUGGCUGGAAUGGGGUCGAAAGUGCAGACGGCCGAGCUUAUAGGAGACCAGGCCGACACCCCCACACGCGACGGUGAUGGAGAGUACGACGGUGGCGACGUGGUGCACCGAUCGCCAGCAGCUUCGCUAGGUAUGGGAUCCGAUUUCAAUCGCAUUCGCGGAUCCGCUCCAUCACACACGGAUCCGAUGCUGCCGCCGCUGCUGUGCACGUUCGAGCGCAAGGUGGAGGAGACUGGGGGUAGCGAGGAGGUCGACGCAGCAGGAGCUCGCACCGUGGGAUUGGGUCCAGAGGCGGUAGCAGUGGCGCAUCCGACGCCGUUUCGCGAUCUGGUGAAGGGCUGCGCUAGUGCUGUGCAGCCCGCUCUACCACCACAACCACCGAUCUCUUCAUCGACGCUAUCCUCUUCUGCAGCGACUGCCGCUGCGCGUCGCGGUCGUGCUCGUCACCCAUGCAUCGCGCAAUUCGGCAACUGCAAGUUCGGCGAUGCCUGUGUCCACGCCGACCGUGACGCGGAUGUCUGCGUGCAUUUCCUCAAUCGCCGCUGCCGCUACAGCGCUGACGAGUGCCGUUACCGCCACGAAACGGAGGUAGAGUAUCAAGCCACGCUACUUGCGCGCAUCGGUUUGCCAGGGUCGACGGCGGACGUGGCCGGCGAGCGGAGGGAGUCGCCGUACGCCGACAAGUCAAAGUGCCGCUUGCAGGGCAGCCGCCCACAAACGGCAGCAACGCCAGGGCCAGGCCGCGACAAGUCCUCCACGGGCGGCCAAUCACUGUCACUAGCGCUGCCGUCCGUGGAGGACUUGGCGGCGCUUCCGGAAGCACUGCGGCCCACUGAUGAUGCCGGUGCAGCUCAUAAAAGCGACGACGACUACCUCAGCAGCGCCUCUGAGAUGCAAGUCUUCCUCGGGCUGCUCGAGGCGUUUCCUAAUGUCGAGCCGGUGGUAGUGCUCCAGGCGCUGCGCGCGAGCGGCGGAGACCUGAUCCACGCCAGCGAUAUUAUCAGCCAUUUUGGUGACGCCCCGACAGUAGCCGAGGUGAACAACGUGGCCAGCGUGCUUGCGUUGGCGGCGGCCGAAGAGGCGGCGGAGCGCGAGGCGGCGGUGGUGCUAGAGCGCCAGAAUGCUUUACUGACGCUUCUCUCCCUCUUCCCAGCGGUCGAGCCGGCAGCAGUGGAGGCGGUGCUGUCGCAACACCACGGCGCCUUUGAAGAGGCGUACAGUGUGCUUCUCUGCGCGCAGGAGAACGUGACUCGGUCAGCCAUCUGGAGUGGGAGCACGGCGACUAUGGCGCCCGUCGAUCAGCUCCGCGUAGAGAAGCUGUGCGUGAUGUUCCCCAGCCUUGACACGGAGGUGGUGCGGAGUGCCUACUGCGCCGCAGACCGUCAGUGGAGUCGCGCGACAGCGGCUCUGAAUGCGCUGACGGAGGAACUGCUCUCCCUCGACUCUGUCGCGGCGGCGGCAGCGGCACCUGCGAAGACUGCUGCAACAGCGACAGUGGAGUGGCAGCCGCCUCAUCUUGCAACGGCAAGGGCAGAGGUGGCAGGGGACGACGGCAGCAGCGCCAAUGGUGUGCUUACGGCGGAGGUGGAAACGAGUGCAGAGGCCUACAACGCCUAUCGGGCAGCGGAGAAAGAGAUACUCGAGUUUGGCGACUGGCGGCGGGUGCGGGAGCAGGCCUACCUGGUGAACAGACAGCGUCUCCUCGUCCUGGGCCAGGCCACCGCCGCUUUUUUAAGCGGGGACGGCAGAACGGCGAAGAUACUCAGCAGCGAGGGCCGUCGACUCGAUCUCGAGUACAACCGACUGAACCGCUUGGCGAUGCUCGCCCUGGAGCAGGAGCGGCUGCGCACAAAUCCCACCAGUACCCUCGACCUCCAUGGUUUCCAUGCCACGGAGGUGCACGACGUGCUGGUCCGUCGCAUCCGCGUCUGCCAGCGCCAUCGUAUUGGCCGACUUCGCAUCGUGACGGGGCAGGGGAAGCACAGCAAGCGCGGCCAUCAAUCGCUAUACCCUGCCGUCAUGGAGGACCUCCGCACUGACGCGUUCCUGACGGCAGUCGUGAAGGUCAAGUCCAUCAAGGCUGGCUACAUCGACGUUACGGUGCGACUACCCACUACUGAAUCCUAA